AUGGUUACGCGAAUAGUCGCACCUGGCGCGCAUUCAGAUGUGAUAGACGCAAGUACUGGGCACCAAGAGCUCGCCCGCGCUGCAGGCCUACGAUAUCCUGCUGCGCCAUCUGCAGGAUAUUGCCUCGCCACGCUCAACGCUUGGCUUGCGGCCCUCCAUGAGCAGCCAGUGCGAUUCAUCCUGGCCGACCUGUACCCGUCCUUGAACAAGUGGGUCGCCAUGGCCCGCCAGCUAGCAGAGUCUGGCAGGAAGGAAUGUCGCAAGUUCGAUCUCUGCUUCCAUCAUUUUGACGACCCAGCGGCAGCGAAGGUGCUGAGAAGUGCGAUCCAACCCUCGGGCGCUUUUAAGACAGGUGCCCCCAUUUAA